AUGAUUAUUGAACAAUUGUUGGAGACUGAUGAAAGAAUGAAAGGGAAUUCAAAGUCCAUAAUUUAAUGGUUAAGAUGUUCUAAAAAAGUCUAAUGGACAUUCCUUACUAAAAAAUUAUAUAAUAGAAGGUAAGGAGUUGUUGAAAGCUAAAUUAAAAAUUAAUAAAAUAAAAAGGAAAUUAAGAAGAAUGACUAAUUGGAUGUUACUAAGAAAAUAGGCGCGACAUUCAAUUUGAAUUUGAGUUAGGAAUAAAAGUUAAUGAAAAAAGAGAUUGACAAUUAAAUUAAUCCUUAAAAAGGAAAACAUUUCUUUAGAAAAUGUCCCGUUGAUUUAUUAGAAUGA